CAACAUUGGCAACGAGAAGCGCUCAAAGCCAAAUAGGAAGAAGCUAAGGCUUUGGUGACCAGCAGGCACCAGGUGAUAUGGACAUGAACAUAACAGGGCUGGACAACGAAACGCUGGAAAUGCUGAACAGUGCUGCCAUCCGAAUCACCGUUCCCACCAUUUAUCUGGUUGUCAUCAUCGUUGGUCUGCCAGGCAAUGGAACCUCUUUCGUACUGCUUUGCUUCCACACCCAUCCAAAGACUCCUUUGGUCAUUUUCAUGAUCAAUCUAGCAAUCACUGACCUCUUGCUUGCCUUUUUCCUCCCCUUCCAGAUCGCCUACCACCUGAACCAUAGCAACUGGAUUUUUGGCAAGAACCAUUGUACCUUUGUCACCACUUUGUUUUAUGCUAAUAUGUACUGCUCCAUCUUGACAAUGACAUGUAUAAGCAUUGAGCGCUAUCUUGGAGUGGUCCAUCCAAUAUGGUACAGAGCAGUGUGGAAAAAAAAGCAUGCUAUGAUUACCUGCCUGGUGAUAUGGGCAGUUCUACUGAUUGUUCUAUUGCCCUUCGAAUACAGUGAUUUAACAUUUGAUGUUCAGGAGCUCAAGAUUACUACUUGUUUCGAUGUACUUAAGAGAAACAUGCUUCCUGACCAAAAUGCAUGGGGUUUGUUCCUUUUCUCCCUGUUUGUGCUGCUCUUCCUGAUUCCAUUUACCAUCACUGUCGUGUGCUAUGUGCUAGUCAUACUGAAACUCUCUCAGAACUCUCACACAGUAGAACGUAAGAAGAAGAAGAGAGCAACUUAUUUAGCUGCCACUGUACUCUUGGUCUUUAUCAUGUGUUUUGCUCCCAGCAAUAUCACUCUCCUAAUUCACAUUAUACUGAGAUUUGCAUAUAAUAAGGGUUGCUACACAGCCUACAAGUUGACCUUGUCACUGAGCUGUUUGAACAGUUGUCUCAAUCCAUUUAUUUUCUGUUUUGCUUCCUCAGAAUUCCAGAAACGGGUCUACCGUUUAAUAAAUUGGAGGCAGUCCCAUUAUCAAAGCAGCACAGCUAUGCUUCCAUCAGGAAGGCUUAGCACUGUUCAGAGUUAA